AGGUCGGUCCCCCGCCCGGCACCACGUCCACGUCCUUCUUAGCGACAUUCGACGGCAUUGCGAAUGCUCGCCUGCUUCCGUGAUCAAAUUUGCGUCACUUUCCGCAGCCGAUCCCGUCAGUCGAGAUGGAACGCGCUGUAGCCAUAGCUGCAGGGUCGCGAGUGCUGCUUCCGACACUGGCCCCGGCAGCGGCUUCUCGAAGGAAUGUCGUGGGGCGGAACGGGAAAUGGGCUGCCACUUCGCUGCGGAUCAGAGCCACCGCCGCCGACAGCGUCGGCACCGAGAAGUCCUUCCAAUCCCUCUCGAAGGCCAUAGAAACGAAGGAUGCGGACGCCGUGAGGACUACGCUGGACGAGCUGCGAGAAGCAGGCAUCGCCAAGCAGUGGAGCACGUCGUCCGGAAUUUCGCGGCGCACGACAUUCAUCCGCGAGCUCACGACUCUGGGAAUCAAGAACGCCGAGGAGCUUGCAAUUCCGAGCACCCGCAAUGACGCUGCCUUCUUGGCGACGGUUGUGGGUACCACCAGCGUCAUCGCAGUGGUCGCAGGCCAGCUACCUGGGGAUUGGGGAUUUUUCGUGCCGUACUUGGUUGGAGGCAUAUCUUUGGGUGUCCUAGCCGUGGGAAGUGUUUCACCUGGAUUGUUGCAGGCGGGUAUUGAUCUGUUCUCAGGCUCUUUUGCUGAUUCCCAAGAGCGUGUUCUGAGGCAUGAAGCUGCUCACUUCUUAGUGGCGUACUUGGUGGGACUUCCAAUCGUGGCUUAUUCGCUUGAUCUCGGUAAGGAGCACGUAAAUCUCGUGGAUGAGAAGUUGCAGAAGAGGAUAUAUGAAGGCCAGCUUGAUUCAAGAGAGCUUGACAGGUUGGCUGUGGUUUCCAUGGCUGGUCUUGCCGCUGAAGGUCUUAAGUUUGACAAGGUUAUGGGUCAAUCGGCGGAUCUGUUCUCUCUACAGAGACUGAUCAACAGGACAAAGCCACCACUUUCGAACAAUGAUCAGCAAAAUCUUACCCGAUGGGCUGUGCUAUACGCAGGUUCGCUUUUGAAGAACAACGCUAAGGUGUAUGAGGCGCUGAUGGAAGCUAUGAAAAGAAAGGCACCCGUUGCUGAAUGUGUGGAAGCUAUUGAAAAAGCUUAGUGUAGAUUAGUGGAUGUCAUGCAAGUCUUGCUCCGAGGUUCACUGUACUUAGUGCCGGCAAACUUACGGCUGUAAAUCUAGAGACAGCAUCAGAAACACGCAUAUGGUGAAUGAGUGAUGGGGACCAAAUAGUCCAUGACAUCCUGGUUGACCAGUGCAAGAGUUGGAAUGUACUGCAAAAUUGUGACAUGUUGAUCAAUCUGAUUUGAUGAUGACGAUCAGGACUGUACGG